AUGAUCUGGGAUCUUUGUGAAUUUACCCAGAGCCAGAUGUUCAUUAUAGGUCAGGAUAUCUCCAAAGUUCAGAGAAUCGUGUCGGGCAGUAAAUCUCCCGCUAACGUCGGCGUAAUGAGGAGAGAGAGUGGCGCAGUUAAGGAGUGCCAGAUGGAAAAGGAUAUCUCCAAAGUUCAGAGAAUCGUGUCGGGCAGUAAAUCUCCCGCUAACGUCGGCGUAAUGAGGAGAGAGAUUGGCGCAGUUAAGGAGUGCCAGAUGGAAAAGCAGCUGUCAGGAGCAGUUCAGGCUCCUAUUGGCCGAGAAACGUUGACUGACACCCCCCACCCAUCAGCCGAUGACAUUCACCAAACUGAGUAUCUUCUUCCUGCUCACUGGUCUCUGAUAUCUGGAUAUAUGGACACAGGGACCGGGGUCAGGGGUCAGGGUCCGCGGGGGAAUGCCUCCAGAGUCAGACAGAAGAACCAGAAACCCCAGAAACCCCAGAAACUAAGGAGCGACCAGAGCCUCAGCAGGACGGCUGAGAAACAGAUGUGCACGGUGUCCUUCAGCGCCUUCAGCUGA